AUGAGGGCUCAUCAGACAGCCCUGCACCGGCAGCCGUUGCAAACCGACGCCAUCCCUCUCAUCCAUGGAGGCUGUGAAACACAGCUCUACAUAGCGUGUCAGAAUGGACAUUCCCAGACCGCUCAAGUGCUUCUACUAGGUGGAGCGAUGCCUGACAGCAAAACAAUGCAUGCAGGUGACACGUGUUUACACAUUGCUGCUACGCUACAAUCACUUGUAGCCACGAUUAAGAUCCUCUUGGGUUCUUUCUGCUCUGUGAUGACUGAGAAAGAAAAACCAGGAGACACUGCGCUCCAUGUGUGCUGCUGCCUAAAUCACAAGAAAACAGUCAAUCUGUUACUGGAAGCAGGAGCCAGCGCAAACAUCAAAAACAAUGUAAGUCGUCGGGACAAUAACAACCGUUUGGCUAUCCUGCUAGCACAAUCCAAUCAGCGUGAAUGUCCCUGCUCAGGUGCCCAGUUUGCUCGUGGAAAAACUGUGAGAAAACGAAGAGAUGUCGUGCGGCAAAGAAGAACUCAGUCCCUCCCAGAGCUCAUUCCUCCAGAGAAAAAGGACUGUACUGAAGUGGCAGAAGACACAAACAACAGUGAUCAAGUACAUCAACUUAAGCGAAAAACAGCAACUCUGAGCCCGGCACGAGAGAGGAAGGUCAGGAGCCCAAGGAGACAGGUAGUGAUUCGAAGGGAGUAUCAGCUACAUGAGAAAGGAUCUCCAUCCCAGAGUAAAACACAGCAGCCCCAGCUCUCAGGAGGAAGAGAAACUCCUGGAAAAGCCUAUCAGCUUUAUACACUAUACAGGGAUAAAGAUGGACAGAUAAAGCAGGCUCCUGCGGAUGACUGUCACUGUAAGCCCCUCAUUAAAACUCUGGAAAAUCAGCUUAAAGCCGCAAAGAUGGAGAUGAGGUCAGAAAUUCACACGGUCCAAGAGGAGAUCAACUGCAGGAUGGGCAGAAUAGAGCAAAAAAACAAGCACCAGAUUAAAGUUCUUGAGAAACUCACACAGGAGCGUAUGUCGGCUGAAAGGAUGGAGUGUCAUUAUCGAAUCAAUCAGAGAGCCAUGGAACGCCUGGAGGGUGAGAGAAAACAGCAGGUAGCUGCUACCAAUGCUGUGAAAAGCUGGUGCAUGUCUAAGAUUCAGGAUCUUGAAGUGCGAAUGCCUGCAGAGACACAGUACACAAACUUCUGCUCUCCGUCCUGUGGAUCAGUCUUUGUGGAUUCAGACCCCGAGGGUCUCCCUGCUGCUGUCGCUCAUCUCUGAGAAAGCUCCAGCUCACUGGCCACCUCGUCAAUGUGUUACCCAGCCCAGGAGCAGGUCCCUAACAAUGGCAGGAAAAGUCUUGAAUUUGGGGAUGCACGUGGCAGGAGAUACUUUGAGAUGAAGCUGAGCAGUUCUUCAGAUGAAUAUCAUAACCUGACAGCUCCUUCAAUGGUCAAACACAAACCUCUAUCACGGAAGCUGGCGACCGCUGCCAAGUGGCACCGAGCAGAAGUACAGGAGGUCGAUGUCUCGAAGUCCAGGUCAAACAAAGGUGAACUCUUUGACAGCAGUGCCAGCAGCAGCCUGUCCACAUCCAGCAAGCGUUUCAACGACAGCGAAACAACCAGCACCGGGCCGGCCUGGAAACACAGCAGACACCUGAAGGACAGGAUUAAAGCACAUCACGCUCAAACCCAGCAGAGCAACACCAUGAAGACCCUGGAGGUGUUUUCCCAGCGGCCUGUGAGGCCCCUUCACCCAGAGCGGGCAAACUUGCAUGCCAUGGAGGUGACGCAGCAUUUCUUUGAGACGGUCUCCACACAACUGGAACGCUGGUACGAGAGGAAGAUCCAGGAAGCACAGAAGAUGGCAGAACAGAAAGCUCUGCAGGACAGAGCCAGUCUGCUGGAGAAGAUCAACAGCCUGGAGGAAGAGCUACAGAAGCUUCUCGCACUAACACUAAUACAGACUCUUGACACAUACGGGUCUAACAGUGGCUCCAGAAUCAGCACCUCCAAGUCUGAGGCCACGGUUCUCAGUCGGAAAAGGGUGGGUUGUCCCCUUCAGGUUGGUGGAGAGUCUCUGCCUCAGGUGGAGGAGUUUAAGUAUGUUGGGAUCUUGUUCACGAAUGAGGGAAGGAUGGACCGGGAGAUUGACAGAUGGAUCGGUGCAGCCUCUGCAGUAAUGCGGUCGAUGUACCAGUCUGUCGUGGUGGAGAAGGAGAUGAGCUGCAAGGCGAAGCUCUCGAUUUACCGAGAUAGGGUGAGGAGCUUGGUCACUCGGGACCAGCCUCAAAAAAUAGACCUGUUGCUCCUCCACAUCGAGAGGCCAGCUGAGGUCGGGCAACUGUUCCGGAUGCCUUCCAGUCGUCUCCCCGGGGAGGUGUUCCGGGCAUGUCCCACCUGGAGGAGGCCCUGGGGAAGACUUAGGACAUGCUGGAGAGACUAUGUCUCUCAGCUGGCCUGGGAAAGUCUCUGUGUUUCCUGGAAGAGCUGUAGGAUGUGUCUGGAGAGAGGGAAGUCUUAG